AUGGAGAAAAUUGUCGAGAUUCUUAAACUUACAUACCGAACAAAAUCAGAUGUCGAUAUAUUACUACCCCUAAUGAAGCAGAUAGAAUUCUUUAAGUCAAGCAAGAUCAGUGAGCAAGAGCUAGGUUUUAUCUGUAAGAAGUUGAACCACCUCUUUGUGCCAGAAGGAAAAGAUGUCAUUACGUAUGGGGAAUAUGGGUCAGAGUUUUAUAUUAGUCUUGAUGGCAAAGUUGAUGUGUUGAUACCCAAGUCGAAGGAGGAACAGAAGGAAGAAGAAAAAGAGAGCAAGCAGUCAGUAACCCCUCAAAAGGCUAAGUCAAAAGCUCCAGUCAGAAGGCAAAUGCAUCUGUCAGCAGAAAGUGGACAAGUGAAACGGAAAAGUACGAAAUUGGAUGUUAGUGGGGAUGGGAAGGAUAAAUCUGAUCCAAGAAUAUUCACUAACAAAGAAAUACCGUACAACAAAGUUGCUCAGCUUCCUCCAGGAGUUGGUUUUGGAGAAUUAGCUCUAAUCUCCAAAAAUAGCAAGAGGGCUGCUACUAUUCGAGCAGCUACAGAUUGCAACUUUGCAGUGCUUGAGAAACAAGAUUAUCAGCAAAUCUAUGGAAAAUAUGAAGAAAAAAUCCUGAACCAGAAGAUAGACUUCUUGAAAUCAAUUCCUAUAUUUAAGCAUGCAACAAGAGAUUCCAUGAAGAAGUUAACUCCAUUUUUACUCGAGAAAGAGUAUAAGAAAGGCCAGUUUGUGUUUAAAGAAGGAGAUAAAAUUGAUAAUACAGAUGAACACAAUCCUACCUCCCCAAGUUAUACCGCAAAGCAUAAAAAUAUGGAUAUAUUUUUGAUAAGACAAGGAGAAUUUGAAAUUUCUAGCAAAGGCCUGAAACUAAAUGCUAAAAAGCCCAGCGUCAGCAUGAACCAGCCUCAGUCAUACACAAUCUUGGGUCCUGGAAACUUCCUGAACGACUCCUUGAUCUUCCAGCCUGCGACCCCUUCAACUUGUUCCACUACAGAAGAGUUCCUUAACGCAAAAUGAAUAUCUACCAAAGGCCUCUGCUAUAUUAUUAAAUUUAAUGAGCUCUACAAAAGUAUUAAGAAAACCAACUCUUUAAAACUGUUUGAGGAAACUGCUAAGCAUAAGAUACAACAUAACGAGGAGGUGGUCAAGGCGAGGAUAGACUUCAUGGCCAAAUGCGAAAGUUACAUGCACAAGCUUAGAGCUAAUGAACAAUUAAUAAGCAUCUUUGCUAAAGGCAAGAAGGGAAUUCAGAAACUUAAGAAUGAACAGUUCUUUAAGAAGAAAUUUUGGAGAGAGACUAUCCAUUUUAGAGAGGAUUUGGAAGAGGAGAAGGAGGAUGUUAAGGAUCCUCAGAAGGGGAUUUUUACAGCGAAUGCGUUUUUGGAGGAUUGUGAGAGUGGGAAGUUUGAAGGAUCUACAUUCAAUUUUUCAAGGAGAAGUCAGCAGAGGGAUAUUAAGACUUUGAAAAGUAUUAGCAGACCUAAAACGGGGAAUAGGACAUCUAUGAUUCAACAGCCAAGACAUAUGAAGCAGUUAGUGAAAUUCUUGAAUAGUUCUAUUAACUCAACAAGAGAAACCUUAGCGAACAGGAACAAUAACUCUGCAUCUCUUCAACAGACUUGAUACAAAGACGAAUCACUUAAUAAAGCAAAAUACAAGUCUAGAAUAAUCCGAAAAAGAAGCCAAAUUAAAAGCGGCUUUAUGAUUUUUAAUAACAUGCAAAGCUCAAUCACCAAAGCUCCUUCAUUUAACGAGACAUCAGUAGAGAACUUCACAUUCAUCGGAAGCCCAGGCAAGAAUAAAAUAAAUCUUACCAAGAGUGAAUUCUCUCCGUCUAAUAACCGAGAGAUAAAGACUCCCAAUCAUAGAAUAAGUUAUGCUCAAAGGAAUUUGAAGAAAAGGAUUGGAUACAAAAGAGUCAUUUCAAAGUCUAAAAUCCUUAUGAAAAAUAUCCCAACUAAUACCCAAAUUAUAUUAGAAAGGACUAAGCAAAGACAAAAAAUCAAGGGCCAGCCCAUGGCUUCCCAGUUCAAGUCUACUACCAGGAAGAAAGUAAGAAUGCAUCAGAAGCGCAAAAAUUCAGUGUCCUUAAUACACUCAGGGUGAUUUCAGAAAGGAAGUUUGACUAGGAAAGAAAGUUCAGAAUAUUCUGAAAUCACAAAUAAUUCUAGGAAGAAAGCAAAGAAUGUUAUAGCAAGUGGACAACUGAUCCAAAUGAUUAAUUCUGUACUUCCUGUAAGGAAGAACCCCUUGAUUUUGUAACUACGAUAAGCAAACAUUUUGAAGGUUUUCAA